AUGGCGAACCCCAUCCUCCUCUCUCGCGACUCCUUCCACUCGCACCAUUCAGCAGCAUCGUUAUCGCGAUAUUCCGGCUCAAACAUGACUUCGCUCAUGAAGAGACUCUCCAGGCGAUCAAGCAAGCCAUCCAACCCGUCAUCCUCACCAGCAGCAGCGUACGGUGCUUCGAUUAACCCAUUCUUCACGCCCAUGCCCACCAGGAGACCACCUCCUGCUCGCCCAAGCGGUGCACCACCUCCUUACUCUGCCGCACCACCUUACAGCCCAGCCGACCUCUCCGCACCGGUCCAAGUGGCGGAAGAUUCUCCGUAUUCGUUCCUGGGCGAUUUCGACACCAUCUUCCUCAUCGACGACAGUGGGUCUAUGGCCGGCCGGAGCUGGCGAGAGACGUCGGCAGCCAUCGCGGCCAUUGCACCCAUCUGCACGACUCACGACGCCGACGGUAUCGACAUCUACUUCCUGAACCACCGAAACCCGAACUCUCCGAUUGGCGGAUACACGAACGUCACCACCACCGAGAUCGUCCAGACGCUGUUCCAGCGUGUACGGCCACUCGGCGGCACGCCCACAGGCACUCGGCUCAAUCAGAUCCUGAAACCGUAUCUUGCAGAGGUCGCGGAGUCGAUGGAGAGACAGGCGCAUGGGCACGGAGCGACGGUCAAACCACUCAACAUCAUUGUCAUCACCGACGGCGUGCCGACCGACGAUGUCGAGAGUGUCAUUGUCACGGCGGCGAAGAAGCUGGACUCAUUCGGCGCAGAACCGUGGCAAGUGGGAAUUCAGUUCUUUCAGGUGGGAAGGGAACCUGAAGCGGCGGAGAAUCUGAGAGAGCUGGACGACGCGCUGAGUGAGCAAUAUCACAUCCGGGACAUGGUCGACACGGUGCCUUGGGGAGGCGAGGACGGUGCAGAGUUGACGGCGCAGGGUCUAUUGAAGGUGUGCUUGGGCAGUGUGGUCAGACGGUUAGAUCGGAGGGCCGCUUGA